GAAGCAUUCCACAAGGCUCCGUACUGUAAACUGGUCUCAGGUGCAGAAUUCAGACCAUGGAACUCCGUGUGAUGUUCAUUGUGCUUGGUUGCUUACUGCAAGGUAGCCAGGGACUUAUGAUUACAUCUUUUAACAUCCAGAGAUUUAGUCAACGGAAAGUCGAUGAUAGACCUAUUCUUGACAUUCUUAUCCAGAUUUUACAAAGGUAUGAUCUCAUCACCAUUCAAGAAAUCAUGGGUGCGGAAAACUCAGCGGUUACCGAUCUAGUGAGAGAACUGAAUUAUGUAACCAAUCUGACAUACAAUUAUAUCAUCUCUGAUCACCUUGGACGUAGAAAUUAUAGAGAAAAAUAUGCAUUUAUUUUCAAAGAGAACAUUCUGAAGCCGGUGGGAUGGUACCACUUUGACGAUGGAUGUGAAAAGUGUGGGACUGACACUUUCAUGCGUGAACCCUUUAUCGUGCACUUUCACUCACGCAGCUCAAUUGUGAAGGACUUUGUUCUGGCAGCCAUCCACACCAGUCCAAAUUAUGCAGUCAGAGAGGUUGAUGCAUUGUAUGAUGUUUGGGCUGAUGCAAGAAAACACUUCAAUACAGAGGACAUCCUGAUCCUCGGAGAUUACAAUGCAGCUUGUCGCUACGUCACAAACGAAGAUUGGCCCAACAUACGAUUGCGUCAAUAUCCUAUUUUCCAUUGGUUGAUUGGAGAUGAAGUCGAUACCACAUUUAACACAAACACACACUGUGCCUAUGACAGGUUUGUGGUGACCGGGGAAGGACUCAUUGACACCAUAGUUCCUGGCUCAGCAAAAGCUUUCAAUUUCCAGAGAGCUUUUAACCUCUCAUAUCACACAGGCCAAAGAGUCUCAGAUCAUUAUCCCAUUGAAUUUGAGCUACAAGAUGAUCCUGAAUCUUUGGUCAAGUACAAUUUGACAAAGGUGAAAAUCGGCAUCGGUGGUGGUACCUCUGGUGGCCCCUGUAGUUGCCAAGAGGUUGAUGUGUACUCUUGCGCUGGGAGAUGUGGUGCCCUUUCAAGUGACUUUCCUUGCAGCUGCGCGAAAAGCUGCAAAAAAAUUAACGACUGCUGUGCUGACUAUCGCAGCCACUGUUAAGGUUUGUCGUAGGAC